CAGUUUUGGUUGUGACAACCUGUCGUGUCAACGUGCAUGCUGCUCCUGUUGCUGUUACUCUCUUGGGCGGGCUGUGGUCUCAGUGACUCCCCCCACCAGCCAUGUGAAUAUUCACUCUGAAUGGACCCUACAGUUACCUGACAGUCAUUUGGACUUGGACUCUGCAGGAUCUGGAACCAAUGCAUGGAGUAAAAACUUUCAACAAACAAAGUCCAGACUGAGAAAUAAUUUCCUGAUGUAUUUGGAAAACUCUGAGCAGAGCAAAGUCUCUGGGGAAAGGGAGCCGUCUACUGAAGUCAUGCUUGCUGAACAAUGCCAGGUUCCCAAAUUAACAGAAGCUGCAGGUUUCACCAGCCCUUCAAAGGGAAGUGCUGAACUUGGCAUAGAGGUGCUUGUGGAAUAUACUGAGCAGACUGUUGUCAGCAGAGACAUUAACCCUUCUAUUCUUUGUGUGGAAAACUGCAACAUGAAUAGAGAUGACACUGAAUCCUGCACAUACUGCAAUGGACACUCUGAGAACUUUGAGCAAUACUCAGCAAGUGAAGGAUUUUUUGAAUCCAACCAGACCGUUGAUAAGUGUGAGACUUCUGGGUUAAGCCAACCACUCGAUGAAUGUGCUCAACACUGUGAGUGUUUUAAACCUUGCAAGUCCUCUGAGCACUGUGCUAAUCAUAGUUUAGCUUCCAAAUGUAGUCCUUGCUGUGAACAUUGUGCGGAACACCUCCAAUUAUUUCAGCAAUGUAAGCCCUCUGAUCAGCAGUUUGACUUUGAGCCAGAUAAAUUGGCAGUGAACUGUGACAGUUUUGUGCAGUGUGAAAUGUCUGAUUUCAUACCUGAGUGCUCAGACGACCUCGAGUUGUUGCAACAAUACAAGCCUUCUGAUCAGCAGUGUGAGUUCUUUGACUCUGAGCCAGACACAUCAACAGAGGACUUUGAGCAAUGUGAAAUGACUGGUUUCACACAUAACAACUCUGAUUCAGAGGACUUAUUGGACUGUGGCACUGAACUUUGUGAGUAUGAUGAAAUUCAGAAUCAAACUGAUGACAGUGAAGAGAGCUAUCCACCUGAACAAGAGGACGAGCAACAUGAAACAGAGCCUACUGAUGAAGAGUCCUACAGAUUGUCAGAGGGUAUAAAUUCAUCACAUUUUGACGCACCUGCUCAUGUUUAUUUUGAUGAUAGUGAAGAUGUCUCCUUUGCAAGUGAACGCUGUGAGACACCCCUGCUCACUGAAGAAAGCUAUCAGCAAGCUAACAUGUCCACAGAUUACUGUGAAACUGUGUGUGAAACUGAUUACCCUGAGGCAAGCCAAGAGUCUGAACCAACCCAACAAUGUGGUAUUUCAGAGCAGUGCAACUCUGACGAGACCUCAGAGUUUUGCACUGAAGAAGACGGCUCCUCAGACUGCUCUUCUAUUGAAACCAAAUCCUUUAAGACUUGUCCUGAUGACAGUAUUCCUUCAGAUCCCUUCUCUGAUUCAUCUGGGGAAUCUGAGAAAGGAGCUCAGGAAGAUUCAAGUGAUGAGCAGACACAGUGGGAAUCGUUUGAAGAUGAUGAAGAAACAGAGCAAAGCACUAUUAAUGAAAGUCAUGAGGAUAAAAAGAAAACGCCCACUGUUGAAGUUGUCAUUGAGGAUUACUUUGAUUUAUUUGACAGAGCUGACUAUAACGGACACGCAUUUUCACAAAAGCGGCAUUACAUCUCCUGCUUCGAUGGGGGAGAUAUCCAUGACAGCCUGUAUCUUGAAGAAGUUCAUUCAGAGGCACAGAAACUUGCCAAAAAUGCUUACAAAUAUAAAGACAUUAAAGAGGAAAUUGACAUACAGGAAACUGAUACAUGUUUUGAUGCCUCUGAAGAAGCCUGUGAAGAUACUGAUGAGGAAGACGCAAGUCCGAGAGAUGAUACGUCCUCUGGGUCCUGUGAGUCAGAGAAACAAUAUGAAGACUGGACUGUAGAGUCACAGUCAAGUUUAGAUGAGGAUGAAGUUGAAGAAAAUGAAUCUGAAGCCUAUGCACUUUAUGCAGAAGAUUGUGAGGAAGCAGAGGAGAAGGAGGAUGCUUUUGAGAGAGAAGCCUGUGAGUUUGACAGCCAUGUUUCUGAAAUCUGUGAUGAAGAAGAAGCUGAGGUCUGCCUGACGUCUAGUAAUGGGGAGAAUAUGUAUGCGCCAUGUGCAGAUGACAUCUCCGUUGAAGGAGAUGCUUAUGAAGAUAAAGUCUCUGAUACUCUUGGUGACAGUACCUCUAUGGUUGGUCAUUUACAGACAACUCUUACUGAUUGCAAAAAGGAGGACAAAGAGACAAAUGAGCCUGAGCCUGAAGACGAAGUGUUUACUGCAUGUUCAGAAAUUGAGCCAUAUUUUUCAUUUGUAGAUCAUGAGGAAAAUGGAGAGCAAAGCGUUGAAGAAUACUUUGCAUAUCAGAUUCAAAGCAUUCAGUCAUCUGUGAAACAAGCCCUGAAUGGAUUUAUUAUGGGAGGAAGAUCGCACAAUCAGAUAAUCCAUGAAGAAGCAAACGGGGAUGCUUGUGGGAAUGAAAGAGAAGAUGCUAUUUUAUCCCCGAAAGAGACUGAGUUACAGGAACAUGCCCAGAGGAGCCCAGAGGAGGGCAAAGCAGUCCGAUUUGGAAUUACUGAAAUUAUUGAACUGAGUGAGAAUUUUGCCUACUGUUCUGCUGUGGAAAAAACAACCAAUGAACAAACUGCGGAAUCAGACGAUGACUGUGGAUUCAGUGAAAUUUCAAGAGAAAUAAAACCUCCUUUAGAUAUUAUUCACAGCGUUGUCCCAGAAAUUGCAAAAAAUGAGGGAAGGGAUUCACACAACAAGGACUCCGAACAAAGCAGGGAUUCAGAAGAGGAGCAGAGUGACGAUGAAUCCUCUGAGCCUUGUGAAUGCGAGUACUGCAUUCCACCACUAGAGCAGGUUCCAGCCAAACCGUUGCUCCCACGGAUGAAAUCGAAUGAUGCAGGGAAGAUCUGUGUUGUCAUUGAUUUGGAUGAAACACUAGUGCAUAGUUCAUUUAAGCCAGUGAACAAUGCUGACUUUAUCAUUCCAGUGGAAAUUGAUGGAACAGUUCACCAGGUGUAUGUGUUAAAGAGACCCCACGUUGACGAAUUCCUCAAGAGGAUGGGAGAACUGUUUGAGUGUGUUUUGUUCACUGCAAGCUUAUCCAAGUACGCAGAUCCUGUGUCGGACCUGUUGGACAAAUGGGGGGCCUUUCGGAGCCGUCUCUUCCGGGAGUCAUGCGUCUUCCACAAAGGGAACUACGUAAAAGACCUGAGCCGUUUAGGAAGAGACCUAAACAAGGUCAUCAUCAUUGACAACUCGCCAGCCUCCUACAUCUUCCAUCCCGACAACGCAGUUCCAGUAGCGUCCUGGUUUGACGACAUGUCAGACACUGAGCUCCUCGAUCUUAUCCCCUUCUUUGAGAGACUAAGCAAAGUGGAUAACAUCUAUGAUUUUCUCACGCAGCAGAGGACAUCAAGUUAACAAAGGCAGGAUACUAGGAUGAAAAUAAUCACCAGCAGCUGUCGUCACGGGGCCACGGAGGCUGGUGGGCCACAGGCUCCACGCUGCUUCCAACUACAAGGACCACACUGCAAAAAAUGCCUGUCAUUUAAUCUCGUAUCUAAUCCCAGUGACAGAUUUUCUUUCUUUUUUUGUAAUACUAGAUAAAGACUGAGUAUGAGAUUCAAUGACCUCUGUAGAUAUCUUUUGCAGUGCAGCUAGUGUGUUGUUGUUGAUAUGUGACAUCAGUGAUCUCUCUAAGUGUGCUGUAAACCUAGAUUGUGUGAACAGUUGUUCAGUGCCAUUCUACAAAUGAACCACAUCAAUCAUUUUCAUGUUAGUACAACGUAGCAUUUGUAAUAGUAUUUGAAGCUCUCACACAGAACAUAACAAGUCAUUGACAACUGUCCCUUAAAGCAACAUUAUGCAAGAAUUGGUGGUUUUUUGCAAUUUGGCAAACAGAUUUGUGGUGGGGGGAGGGGGCAACUCUCCCGGUGCUCUGAGGUCCCGGUGCUCUGAGGUCCCGGUCCCGGGCACGUCUAGCUGCACGGCUAACUGAGAAAAGUAACUAAUGAGCGCUACAGUUAGCAGCAGUAAGUGUUAGGAAACUUAUUUGGAGUUAUUUUCUCUAUAAGAUACUAUCCAGUUUCACCAAAAUCAGUUGUACAGUAAUCAGUGAGGCCCGGAUCCCAGAAACACUCUCCAACCUUUAUUCUUGUUGCAUUUGUGGUCUGAUAAAUAGUAAAUUCAUCCAUAUCAGUGCCCUAUUUGACCAUUUUCCAAGCUACUGCGGCUGUCGUAUUUCAGGGGGACCCGCAUGAGCGUCGAGUAGUUUGGAAAAACAAUAGACACACACUGAGAAUACCGAGCUAGCUUCUUGUGGCUGAAGACUAGUUAUGGUGUGUGGUGUAGUGCAGUGUUAAGCUGUUCAUGCCGUACAUUGUAGCUGGUAAACCCAUGUUACAUAGUGCAAGAACAGGGGUUCAGGGCACCAAGUGAGAAUGAAAGACCUUUCUCCCUAUUACCAGUCAGUGUAGCAUCAAAAUGAUUUUUGAAGCUGCUAAAAUAGUUGCAUAAUGUUGCUUUAAAUCCCAUUAACUUACUUUUUUUUUGCCUAAAAUGGCCAAAUGUGUAUGUAGUGAAAGACAAUCAUUAACUUUAGACAAUUUUGGUUUAAUAACAUAUGUAACAUGUGACACAUAUCACUACAAAACACACUUUUUUGAAACACUGUGUGUGGAAGGAAUUUGGUUUCAAAAACAUACUAUAUACUUCAGCUUCUGCAUUUAGAUUGAUUACAGGUUAUUUAUAAGGUUUAAUCACUAAAUUCUAAUAUUAUUGGAAUCUAAUUAUUAAUGUGUAAUAACCUUUUUAUAUGUUGUUUUACGCCCAGUUCAGCCACAAACCACCAUCGUCUUGUGAUUCAUUAGUUGUCCUCAUACUUGCAUCCCAACAAAUCUUGAAAAAUACAUAUACAGUUACAUCUGGAUCAGGAGCAUUAAGAAAACAGAUCGACUGCACACACAUCGGACCUUUCACACCACUGGGGAAAUGGUGAGAUCAUUUUUGUACAUACAGUAUAUCAGGAUUUUAGGCAACCGUUUUGAUUUGGUUUUAAUGUUAUUUUACCUAAUGUUAUUUUACCUUUUAAGUUUUUAGUUGAAUUGGCCACCACAGUGUGCGGCCCAUCAAUAUUGCAAUACUGUUAAUGUGCGCUGGAGGGGGCUGUAACCUGCUAUAGCCCCUUGAAUAACUUUGACGUUUGAUCUGAAAGCAUACUUUGAUGCCUUCUGUCGGUAAACUUGAAUCCGAGCUGUUUCAUGUAAGACAUUAAUGCAGUCCAAAUGUACUGCCUUAUCGAUCUGUUUAUUCAGUUUCACAGGGGAAACUUGUACCAGACAUGUUCGAGCCCCGAUCGACUUUGUCUCAGUCUGGAGCGAGUGUGUAUAUUUGUAUGUGUGCGUGUGGGUUUGAGUGUGAUUGCGUCAGUGUGAGUAUUUACAUUGGUUUAAGAUUUUAAAAAAAGAUACUUUGACAAUACGUGAAAAAACAUAACCUGUCUUUAAAUAAUGAUUUAACUUUUUUACUGUAUGCAACAAGAGUAUUAACGUUGUGACUCAAGUUAAGAAACUGGUUCAAGUUUAGUUUUUGGAGUUUUUAAAUUGCUGCUGAUAAAUGUUAAGAUUGAAAAAAAAGAACAACCAGAGAUAUUUUUACCUUGCAUCAAUAAAGCAUGUUUUAUUGAAACAGG